UAGCUUAGAUAUACAAUCCAUAAUUUUUUUUAUAUACCUGUGGUCGUGCACUCCACGCGCGACAAGUGGACUCAUUGCCGAUGGCGAUGGAGAAGAGUGCGGGUCGCGAUGGUGGUGGGACUGACGGAUUGGGGGCGUGAGAUGGUGAUAUUGUUUGACGAGACCGAAGAUAUGCACUCGAGAUCAGCACAACAGUUCAGUACUCUUGGAUAAAUGGACCUGAUUGAGUUUUAGAGAAUCGGAACCCAAGCGAAGGACUUGGUCAAACAGUGAGGGUCUGACAGUUCUGGCGUAGCCUGCGACCCUCGGCUCGAGAGUAACGGCUGCGGACGCCACUUGCAGGCGAAGAGAAAUACGGUGAGACAGGAGAAGGUGGGCGCUGGUCAAGUGCCUGCCUCCUGUGUCCUGACGGAGUGAUGCCAGUCGUCUUCGUGGUGUGGUUGGCGGCGGCGGCUGUGUGCGGGGGCGCUUCGGAGGCGGGGGAGGCGCUGACGGCGGCCAUGUGGUGGCGGGCAGCCGGCGAGGACCUGGUGCGGGCGUGGGCGAGAAAGGAAGAGGCAAUCAGUGUGACCCUGGUGACGAUAGACGAGGACGAAGAGGAUGUUGCAGCGGCGUGGGCAGGCACAGUCAAAGCCACAGCCGAGCGCCUGACCACCACGGCUACGGCGGACCCAUGGGUAUGCGGCAUCACCUCUUUGCGCGCCCUCCGACUCUGGAACCCGAAUAUCAGGACGCUGGUGGUGGCUCCCUUCUUCACGCAAUACCACGCCCACGUCCUCUCGCAGGUAAUGAACAGCUCCAAUAUGCAGGUGAGGAAAUGGCUGUUGCUCUCCGUCCCACGCCUUGAAGACCUGCUGCCCGCCCUCUUCCUGCCCUUCAGUAACCAGGUGGUGGUGGCGCAGUCGGGCCAGGUGGUGGAGCUGUGGGAGCAGUACCAAGCGGCGCCGGAGCUUAAGCGACACCUUCACCUGCGUGCCACCUGGACGCGGCCGCCGACGCGUCAGGGUGAUGGUGGAGGCGGCGAGGGGGGAGGCGGACUGAAUCUGCUGCAGGUGCCUUUCCGCCAGCCUGACCUGACGGGGCUCCACAUCCGCUGCCUGACGGAGGAGUGGGCGCCCUUCGUUAUGGUCGACACAGAGGGCGGCAAGAUGCGGAUCAGCGGCGUGGCCGUCGAGAUCUGGAAGACGCUGCAGGAACUACUCAACUUCACGUACACGUGCAAUCGUUCUCCUGACGGCGAGUGGGGUGUGCUGAGGCCUGACGGGGUGUGGAGCGGCAUGAUCGGCGAGUUGGUGCGCGGGGCCGCGGACGUCAUCGUGGGGACCGUCGACCAGACCCUCCAGCGCACCAUGGUCAUUGACUACGCCAUGCCCAUCACCACGUCCACGUUCCGUCUGAUUGUGCGGAAGCCGAGCAGUGCCGUGGGCGGGUGGGACGGCUACAGCAUGGAGUUCACGCCCGCCGCCUGGCUGGGCCUCCUGGUCACCGCCUGCCUCUGCUCCUUGGGCCUCGCCCUCGUGCUGCGUUUGGCCGCCAGGGAACGAUUUGCUGUGCGUGAGGCUGUACUCAUCGUCCUGGGAUGCCUGUGUCUUCAAGGUCCGGUGAGGGAGGAGGAUCGGAUGUCUGGGCGGAUAUUACUCCUGACGACGGGCGUGUUCGGACUGCUCUCCGUCACCCACUACUCCUCCGUCAUGAUCUCCUUCCUCUCUUUCACUCGCGUAUCCCACCCCAUCACCUCCCUUGAGGACCUCCUCUCCUCCACCACCUACACUCUGGGCCUCAUUCGCGGCACCUCCACCCAGGAUAUACUGCAGGUAUCACGUCGUGACCUCUACCAACGCGUAUGGAACGAGCUGCUGCUGCCUCGGCCUGACAGCUUCGUGGCGUCCGCAGCAGAGGGCGUCUACCGGGCCCUUACGGAGAAAUAUGUCUUCCUCAUGGACGAGAGUACAUACUUGUACAGGUACUCAAGUGAUUGUCGCCUGAUGUAUGUGGGUCCCAGGUACCUCUCGAUGCCGUCCACUUUCACCUUCAGGAAGAACCUCCCCUACAAGCAAAUAUUUGACCAGGGAAUCACGCACAUCAUGGAGGGCGGGGUAAUGUCUCGGGAGAUACGGCAGAUGCAGCGCAUAGCGACGUGUGGGACCGACAACAUCAUGCCACUGCGUCUCGAGAACACUUUCACCGCUCUGGUCAUUCUGGGGGUUGGCAUGCUGAUUUCCAUCAUCCUCUUGCUCAUAGAGAAACUUUCAAUGAGGCGAUAGGAUGAGGGUGUGUGAUUGAAGAAACCACUUGGUGACGAUGAGGCUGACAGGUAUGAAGGAACAGAGCUGUGUGAAGGGAGAUGGGCCGAGAGGAUGGUGCUGUUGUUAGUACGGGUUAGUGGUUGUUGUGUGAGGCCUUUACUGGAGAUGAAGCGAGGAUUAUGACACCCAUAUGCAAGGAGUUAAUCUUUAGACGUAUGCCUCUGAGUGUGUGUGUGAAAGCUGGGGGUGAAAGGAGGGGUGAUCCAUGGGUUGCAUGCAGUGCUGCCUGCUGUGUGGCAUUCUGGUGCCGUUCCUCCUGACUGGAAAAGGGGGCUGGUUGUCCCUAUCUGGGAAGGGAAAAGGGACCAACAGGUAUUACACUGUUCAGUGUGCUGGUCAGUGUUCGUUCAUCUGCUGCUGAUGCAAAUUUGAUCUCGUCUGCUAAAGUUUCAGAGACCUAAGUAGUCCAAGUUCAAGCCCGGCAAGUCAACAACUGACUGGAACCUAGCAUUUAUAGUCCUUGUGGAAUGUCGAUUUGAGAUUCGCGAGGGGCUACUAGCAGCCUUUUUCUGUCUCAAGAAGCCAUUUGACUAUUGUGAGGCACUCUUGGAUAUUCUGCAGAUCCGUGGGAUUCCUGCAAGGCUCACUGACCUGAUGACUAGCCUUUAUGCAGGGAGUGAGAAUGAUGUAAAUUGUGGGGGAGGAGUUUCCAGCUUCUUCCCUGUUGAUUCAGAAGUGAAGCAGGGGUGCUUCAUCACUUAUCAACGCCUGCAUGGCCUUUUUUUUUUUUUUUUUUUUUUUUAUGUCACGGCCUAUUGCACCGUUAGGCUUUUUCACUGGUGGGGGCCUGAUGGUCGGCCCAGCCCGUUGUGGCGCAGGCGAGUGAUUAUAGCGGCGCCAUCUUGUUUUGGGCAUUAAGCAGAGUUGGUGAAAGUCAUUCUUGCAAGAAUUGCACCUUGCAGUAACCAGCCACUAUGGAGGCCUGGGAUGCAUUCAUUGAUGAAGCAGGUUAGGUUUCUCCAGUAGAGGCAGCUUUUUCAUAGUGAGGACUUAGGCAGCUACAGCUCCUCUAGAAUAUCCACUGGUAAUGGCAUAUGGUUGUCCCUGUAUAUGCUAAUGUCAAUCACUGUUCUUGUUCUGUCUGAGUGCCAUGGGUGUGGAUGCUGAGUGGUGGCAGCACCUGAGCAGAACUGUUGUAGUAGUACCAUUGUCUUGCCUCUCCUCACAGAGUAGUUGGUGUUGCACUCAGUCACUCUGGAUUUCCAGUGGGGAGGUAGUACCAUCUGGAGGGGAUGAUUGUGAAUCGCCUGGACUGUAGAGUGACUUUCAGGGUCAGAAGUUUUCUGCAACUCCAUCAUACCCUAAUUGAAGUCCUUGUUGUUGUUGCCACCAGCUGUGCUGACCGUAAAAAAGAUGCACCAGCUGUGCUGACCGUGAAAAAGAUGCAUCACCAAGUCCUUUGAGACGGGAAGCCUCCACUUGCAGCAUUGUAGUUUGGGCAGGGACAAAGUGGGCCAGUACUGGGAUCCACAAGAGGGUCUUUUUCACUUCCUGGAAUGAAGCUGGGGUCCAAAAAAUUCCCUCUUAGGGCUGAAUAGCUUCCUCAAGAUGGACAAUUAAUAAAUUAGAGCAGAGGUAAUUGCUUGGAGACCUGUGGGUGUAAUAGCUAGGUGUGAUCUAGAGGCUCGAUAAUAGGAAGGCCUAACCUCAACUCUGUGCAGAAGCACAUUAAAGCGGUUAAGCCUCAAACCUGGUGGCUAUAUAAUGGUGCUUGGCCAUAUCCAGCCAACACUCUUCUUGGGCCUGAUAAAGAAUGAAGUCAAUACUGAUUAAAGUAAUCAUGGCAGUGUUAAGAAAAGCAGGUGAUAUGUAAUGACAAUAUAUUGUAUUUGGUAAUAAUCAUGACAUACAACACACCAAUAUAUAUAUAUAUAUAUAUAUCUAUAUAUAUCUCUCUCUCUCUCUCUCUCUCAACCAAUAGCACACAACAAUUUUACACAAAAUCUUGAUGUUGGAUGACCUAACUUCCCAAAAUCUCCUUAAUUUUUUUUAUAUGGUUGUGUGGUGUAUGGGGGGGAAUUACAUUGCUUCAUUUUUGUAUUUGAUGGUGCUUAGAUCUGUCCUGGUUAUGAAGAAAAAUAUAAGAUGAGGAAUGAUACAUGUUAUGUCAAUAAUCAU